GUUAGGAGUAUUUCGGUUAUAUUAUCUCUUAAAUUUCUACAGCAUUAUACAGUUGAAAUUUAAUUCAAGAAAGUAUCGAAACGGAAAUACAAUGGAACAAAUAUUUAUGAUUGAAGUAUUUGUCAAGAAAAUAAUACUAAAAAUAGAACCGCCAGUUAAAGAUGAGUACGAACUACGCAUGGAGGAAGAGGAGAGAAAAAGAGAGGCAGAAGCUGCGGCGCUAGCUGCGGCACUAUUAGCUGAAAAGAUGAAAGGAAAGAAACCGAAACCUCCUAAAAAACCUAAAAAAGGCAAAAAAGGCAAAGUACCACCUCCACCAUCAGAAGAAGAAUUAAAAUACAUGCAAACGUGUACAAUGCAAAUGAAUUGCUUACCUCUGUUUGAUUUCUAUGUAGCACAUGAUAACUUUGUAGCCCCGCCGCCACCUCCACCUCCUGCUAAGGGAAAGAAAGGAAAAGGUAAAGGUAAAAAAGGUAAAGGUAAAAAGGGAAAACCUGGCUUUGUAAAACCACCAUUACCAUCCGAGCCAUUACCUCAGCCUCCUUAUUUUGGAGUCGGGAAUACAGUGAUAUUUAUAUCAAGGCCGUCGAAAUUACAUGAAAUAAUGGAAAAGACGCCGAUAUACGCCACGGUCUGGAACAGGGAUGAAACUUUUAAUUGCAUAGGUUUCGUGAAAGUCCCAUGGCAUGAGUCGUUCUUACAAUGCCUUGAUCGAUCUGCUGAACUAAAUCCGGUAAACAUGGACCAAACAGAGUACAGAGACACUAGACAACCAGAAAUGAUUACAAAUACUGUUGAAAUGGUCAGGCCACUACAAUGUGAAGAGGACUUGAAGCACUCUGGCGAAAUUGAGCUUUUCAUUAGAUUAAGUUGUUUAGGCAACAGAGUGCUUAGUCACUUCGUCGCUUUACCUGAAAUGGAGAGGAUUCCAGGUCGAAAGUACCUCAUUGAUGAUUUGAAACUGAAGGAUCUUGAAGUAGUCAGGCAUUGGGAAGGGACUACCAUAGAUGAAGCUCCUCCUGUGGCCUUUUUCUAUAGUGCUCCAGAUAUUACAAGAGAACCUAUCAGACCCGUGGAGGAACCAAGAGUGUACGAAGAAUUUGUGGCUCCUUACACUGCAAGCGAACUGGCAAUUUUAGCCAUGGGCUUUCCUAAAGGACCUUGUGGAGGUACAAAUUGUCCAAAGCGUAUGGAUUAUAGAGGAUCUCAGCAUCAGUUUAUACAGGGUGAAACUGUUAAGGGUAAAUAUCACCAUGGGCAAUUUGUAAAUAAAAGAGAUAUUCACGGUCCAUGUGGAAGAUUGGACUGUCCAUUAGCUAAAAAAAUUCGGCAAUAUUUGUGCACAGAAGGCAGUUACAAACCGUGUAAGAAGCCGUGCUGCAAGGAUUAUUAUUAGAAACUUUGGAUAUUGUUAUUUGGGCAAGAAAUGCUUUACGUAAGUGUCAUAUAUGAUUAAAAAUUAGCAAUGAUUUUUUUAAAUU